UCGAGUUGAUUGACUUCUGGCCCCUCUUGCAUAUAUAUUAAGCCCCCAAGGGGAGUCAGGCGGCGGUGUGUCGUCAUUAUUAUCUUUUGAAAUUCAAGCGACUGCCACAAAAAUCCCCCGCCAAAUGACCUCUAUCUCCACUUUGUCUCCUCCUCCACCACCAGCAGCGAGAGCGAGAGCAGCAGCAGCAGCAGCGACACAACAUCAUCAUCCUCCAUUCCAGUUCAGACUCACCAAACCACCAAAGGUCAAACCAUCUCCGACACCUCAUCAGAUCUCCUCUUCAUCCUCCUCCUCCUCUUCGUCGUCCAGCUCAUCACCACCUCGGAGUAAAUCAUUUAUCAUGCCGAAUCCGGAGAGCAUCAUUCAUCCAAAGGCAGUCGCUGUGAUCACAGGCGCAGCUUCCGGAAUAGGCUUGGCAUGUGCUCAUUUCUAUGCCAAAGCAGGCAUGUCGGUCGUCCUGGUGGAUAUCAACGAAACGGCUUUGAAGUCUGCCGAACAGAAUAUCAAGCAGGUCCCAGGUGUUGGCGAAGUCUUUUCCAUGGUUGUUGACGUUAGUAUUGUUGAACAAGUGGAGGGCUUGCGCGAGAAAGUCCUUGACGUCUUUGGAGAGGUCCAUGUCCUCCAGAACAAUGCAGGUCUCGGACGACCUACACCUGCUUUCUCCCUAGAUAGAAGUUUAGCCGACCUUCAAAAGGAUUGGGAUACAGUUCUCAACACGAACUUUAGAGGGAUCCUCAAUGUCGCUCAGGCUUUCGCGCCUCACAUGGCCAGGCAAGAGAACGAUUCAGUCAUCAUCAACACCGGAAGCAAACAAGGCAUCACUUGUCCUCCUGGUAAUGCGGGUUACAAUGUCAGCAAAGCCGCCGUCAAGACCUUUACAGAGCAGCUCGCUCAUGAACUCCGAAACACUGCGCCUGGCAACUGCUCAGCGCAUCUCUUUGUGCCUGGAUGGGUGCAUACUGGUCUCACGGGAGCCGCAAAAGGAGGUUCUAAGCCUUCUGGCGCUUGGACACCUGAGCAAACGGUCGAUUACAUGACCCACAAGAUCUUUGAAGAAGGAGACUUUUAUGUCAUUUGCCCGGAUAACGAGACAUCUUCUGCAAUGGACCAAGCUAGGAUCAUGUGGAGUCUCGGUGAUAUAAUUGAGAACCGACCCGCGCUGUCACGAUGGCACCCUGAAUUCUCUGCCAACUUUGAAGAUUUCAUGGCUGCCCGCCUUGGUCUCGGUGGCAGGAGUAGGAGUCGAGGUCGAGCCGUGGACCGAGUUUCAACCCCUCAACCUGGGUUAUUUGAGUAGCCCGAGGCCCAAGCUCGGUCUGGACAGUAUGGAAGUGAAGUUGUGGGUGGUGGGAGAUGGGGAAUGGGAAGAAUACACGCGAGAUUCGACUAAAACCAAACGUGGGCGCUUUAGAGUUGAAGAAUUUCACAGACAAAUGUAGCCAGAAAGAAUCACCAACUUGCAUAUGAUGCGAUUCAGA